AUGGGUUUCUCUGCCUUGCUGCCCAGCGCUGUGCUCACCUUCGUGCUGCUGCCGCUGCUCCUCUUCCUGGCCGCAGUGAAGCUGUGGGACUUGUACUGCCUGCGCGGCCGCGAUCCCAGCUGCCCACUGCCCCUGCCCCCGGGCACCAUGGGGCUGCCCUUUUUCGGGGAGACGCUGCAGUUAGUGUUGCAGGUGAGGAGAAGGAAGAGGGACGACGGGGGAGAGAAAAACAAACAAACCAAACAGGUGCCUUUGGGCUCCCCAGCUUGAUCCACCCCUCUUCUUUUCGCUCUCUUUUUGCAGCGGCGGAAAUUCCUGCAGCUGAAGCGGCGCAAGUACGGCUACAUCUACAAGACGCACCUCUUCGGGCGGCCCACGGUGCGCGUGAUGGGGGUGGACAACGUGCGCCACAUCCUGCUUGGAGAGCACCGGCUGGUGGCAGUGCAGUGGCCGGCGUCGGUGCGCACCAUCCUGGGCGCCGGCUGCCUCUCCAACCUCCACGACGGGCAGCACAAGCACCGCAAGAAGGCAAGCGGGGAGCGGCUCUGCCGGACGAAGGAGGCACCGCCGUAGCUCCGGGGCGGGGGGGGGGCAGCUCUCUGAAAGGCACGCCAGCCUCGGUGGGGCCGGAGGGAGAAGGGCUUCGUGUAGCGGGUUGGGGUGGCUCCGAGCCCGCGGGUGAGGGAAGUUGUGGAGCCGUUAGGUGACUUUUGAUUCUGGACUUCUGAAGAUUCCUUUCCUUUCUUAGCCGGCAGUGUAGUGGGGACCUCUUUCUGCUCAUUUUGCGGACUGGGGGCCUGGACUUCUGCCCCCGAUGGCGCCAUUGGGGGCGGGGGGGGGAUCUGCUCCAGAAGUAUGCCGUCGGCUCUUGGAGAGGGCGCCGAUUUUCACUGAAAUGAGAGAGCCCCCAAAUUCUAGAUUUCAGCCUCAAUUUGGAAUCUUAAGAAUUCCACGCAGGUCUGUGGAACGCGCUUCUUCCUAGUAGCAACUCAAUCCCAGGCACGUAUACUCAGAAGUCACACUGAUUGCACGUCGGGCUCUUCCCUGGCAGGACUGCAGUCGAAGCGUGUUCAGGGAUUGCAAGCCCGCGCGCGUUUCUCUGCCUGCCUGCUUCCUGGAAGAAACCCCCGACGUGUUCGGUGAUGGGCUUUUAUUUCUGCGUAAACACAGGUCGGCUCUGGCUUUCUCAGGAAGAGUUCUAAGGGAAAGAGGACGAGGUUAGAAGGCCAGGGUGCUAAAAACACAUCUGGGGGAAAGUCCGUUCCAAUAAAAGCGACUCCCAUAAAACGAAUGGCGCCUUCCAUAAAUAGCCUCGAGAAGUAAAAGGGAGCAAUCGAGAGACCAUAAAAAGAGGUCUUGGCGCCCCGGCCUUCCACACCACGCGGCGAAGUCUCCUUGAUUUCAAAGGUGCUUUCUUCCCUUUCAAGUCGCGGGGCGCAGGAGUGCCAAAAUGCGAACCGACAUUUGGAGGAAACGGCACUGUUGACGCCCACCCUCCAACUCCCCAGUCCUUCUCCGAAGGUUUUCUUUUGGAAAGGCGCCUCCUAACUCAAAACCGCGAAACAACAGUUUUCUGUCGUCUCUGCUUUGAACUGGGGACUUUUGGAGCCUCGAUCCGCCCCGUCGAGUUCGGUGGGAUUUACUCUGAUGUCCAGCCAUCUGCUUGCAGCCUUAAUCGCCGAGUUUAGCGCCUGGAACCUGUUUGCAUUUGGGUCGACUCCUGAGCAGACUUACUUGGACGCAAGUGCCUUUCAAAUCGGGGGUACGAGGCUGGCUCUCCGCGCCCCUGGUCUUGGCUUGCAGCAAGGCAGAAACAACCCCCUGGAUUCGAAUCCACGGCCUUGCCAAACGCGCCACCAAAGUUUUUAACCGCGGGCGCGCAGACCUCUUUUUAAAAAAACCUCGCCAUUUUUUGUGGGAGGACCCACUUGGCAAGCAGAAGAGCGCAGGACGAAGCGCUGCGGCUUUCCGCCAGACUUGGAGCACUUGUUUAGCUUUGCGGGCUGUUUUUUUCUUUAAAAAAAGUUCCUCCCCUCCGAAGGUCCCCUUAAAAGUAACCGCCUCUCCUUCCGCCGCAGGUAAUCAUGCGCGCUUUCUCCCGGGAGGCCCUGCAGCACUACAUGCCGGUCAUCCAGGAAGAGGUGAGCGCCUGCCUGCGCCAAUGGCUCCUGGUGAGCGGCGGCGGCUCUUGCCUGCUGGUUUACCCGGAGGUGAAACGCCUCAUGUUCCGCAUCGCCAUGCGCAUCCUACUGGGCUUCCGGCCCAGCCCGACGGCGGGCUCGGACGGCGAGCAGCACCUCAUGGAGGCAUUCGAGGAGAUGAUCCGCAACCUCUUCUCGCUGCCCAUCGACUUGCCUUUCAGCGGCCUCUACAAGGUAAAGGGUGGUCUGAGAGGUUGUGGGGGAGGGAGGUGGGAGGUGGCCCGAGGGGGACCCCCUGCCCGGACAUGGCAAGCGGCGCUCAGGAGAGGGGAGCCUGCCUCUCUGAAGGGAUCCGCUCUUGCUUCCAGGGCUUGAGGGCGCGCGAUGUCAUCCACGCCAAGAUCGAGGAGAGCAUCCAGGCGAAGCUGGCCGGGAAGGAGCCCCCCGACGGCUACAAGGACGCGCUGCAGUUGCUGAUGGAGCACACGCAGGGCAACGGGGAGCAGCUCAACAUGCAGGUGGGGAGAGGUCCCAAGGCGCUGGGAUCCUGACCGGGCUCUCUCUCUCUCUCUCUCUCUCUCUCUCUCUCUCUCUCUCUCUCAGCUUUGGGGGCCGGGGAUUCCAGUGCUGGAGCUGGUCUAGUAGCCACCAGGGACUCUAGGAUGCCCCCGAGUCAAUAGCACCUGCUUUUUCGAAGUUAGGGUUGCCAGGCUGGGUUUUUAAAGACUGCAUAGCAGGCAGAAAGUCACCAGGUGCAGCCUUUCCUGGUCAGGCAGAUUCAGUUGCAGAGAAAGCACUAUCGGCAUUUCCUCCAUUCAAAUGAUGGAGUUAAAUAUGGUUCCCACCCCCACCACUUUGUAAAGGGGCUGGAAAUAUCUGUCUAAUGAGGGUAGGUGACCUGUUUAGAGCAUUCAGGGUUUCUGUGUGUAGUGACAGGAUGGACUAAACUCAACAAUUCUUCCUUUGCUGUUAGAGCUCCAUGUCUGAGAAAGGCUUUCUGCCUGUCUGUGCAGCAUUAAAAUAGGUUCCUUUGAGAAGAAAUUGUAUUGGUGUAUGUGUGUGUGUGUGUGUGUGUGUGUGCGCGCGCAAGGCCAUCGUGCUCCUCAUUCAGAGAACCCCCCACCAGCAGACUUUGAUGCCCUUUGUUCCCACUUUAUGCUCAUUUUAGAAAGCAUCCUUUCCCCAGGAUCAUUCAAAACACUGAUUUUAAAAUAUAGUUCUCAUUGACAUACUUCAAUUUUUUUUCUGCAGGGGUGUUUUAUUAUUUACUGUGCGGCAUGUUGUGAUGGGUGGUGCUGGGACGUGGGUGGUGCUGUGGUCUAAACCACUGAGCCUAGGGCUUACUGAUCGGAAGGUCAGCGGUUCGAAUCCCCGCAGCAGGGUGAGCUCCCAUUGCUCGGUUCUUGCUCCUGCCCACCCAGCAGUCCGAAAGCAUGUCAAAGUGCAAGUAGAUAAAUAGGUACCACUCCGGCGGGAAGGUAAACGGCAUUUCCGGGCGCUGCUCUGGUUUCGCCAGAAGCGGCUUAGUCAUGAUGACCACAUGACCUGGAAAAACUGUCUGCGGACAAACGUCGGCUUCCUUGGCCAGUAAAGCGAGAUGAAUGCCGCAACCGAGACUGGACUUAACUGUCAGGGGUCCUUUACCUUUACCUUUUAUGUUGUCAUAAAAAGCAGUGGGCUGGCCUUCUCAGGUGGUGACCUGCCUGGAUGUUUGGCAUCCCAUUCAGGGUUUUGGUUUUUUUAAUUAAACAAACACACCUUUCUUUGAAUUGAAGUAAUGUUCAUUCAUUGGACUCUAGGGGUAUAUAUAUUCCUGUACAUGUCUGUUCAGAAAUAAGUGCCAUUGAGCUUACAGGUAAGGGUGACACCUAUUAGGACAACUCCACCUUAGUUGAUUGCAUGGGUUUUAAUUGGCUGCUUUUAAAGCUGCAUGCAUGUUCUGUAGGAACAAGGCAUAGUGCUAAAGGGAAAAUUGAAUUCUUUGAGAGCUAGUGUGGUUGUAGUGGUUACAAGUGUUGGACUCUGAGUGAGAGAGCUUUGAAUCUCCACCCAGCCAUGAAGCCGCUUGAGAGCGACUUUGGGUCAGUCUCUUUCUCAGCCUAUCCUACAGGGUCGCUGGGACAAUAAAAUGGUGAGGAGGAGUGGUCAGUGUUCUCUGGCUUCAGCACAUGGGGGGGCCGCUGGAAUAUUAUAAUAGUGGUGGCGGUGAUGAUGACUAAUUUGUUUUAGUUGAUGUCCUCUUGUUGCAACAGGCAAUAACUUGGGUCCCUCUGAAAUCAAUGUGAAAAUGCUAGUUGCAUCCUAGUGACAUGUUUUUGUAUAUGCUGGAAGCUGCCCAGAGUGGCUGGGGUAACCCAGUCAGAUGGGCAGGGUACAAAUAAUAAAAUUGUUAUUAUUACUAUUAGUAGUAGUAAUAGUAAUAGUAGUAGUAGUAUUAAACAACUGGCUGAUCAAUGAAUUGCUAUGGUCCUCAAGUUCUCAGAAGGAUCUCAGUGCUCAGUCUGUAGGAAGUGGGCACAACUGGAGCUGCUCUCCAAUUUUCUUAGCUACCCUGCCCUUCUCCCAAAACUUCUUAGUCUUUAGUUUUUAGUCUUUUUAGACUACACACAGAAGGAUGCAUAAUAUACCUUUGUCCCAUGAAAUCACUAUGUGCGGAAAACUGGGUUAGAACCCAUCACCUGGACAUCCAAGCUUUCAAAACGGCAGAGUUUUUAUGUUUGGCAUGGAGGAAUAUUCAGCAUGUGACUAUGCCCAUGUAGUCACAAGUGGAGCAGCCCAGCCAUGGGACUGGUUCACACUUGGGUGCUAAACCUAUGGCAGCUUUGUUCUCUUAAUUCACAGCAGGGUUUGAGACCCGCACUGCGCUCCACUCUUGCUUAUUUAUUUAGCCCAUUUAUAUCCUGCUCUACACCUGGGUGGGUCAAUGAGAACAUUCCUCAACACCAAACCAAUUCCUAAAGCAUGCAACACAAAAAAUCAUGCAAUAGGAGCAGCAGUUAGGGAGCAAUCUGAAAUGAUAGUGGCAGUGUCACCUAGAGGGCUGGGUCAGAUAAGUGUUAACCUGACAUCUAACUACCAGCCAUUUUCUCUUGCAUGUUUCUUAACUCCUGGAAAGUGCUUGCUUCUACUGUCUCUUACAACCACACUCUUGUCUUGACUCUGCAGUACAUGAAUGAGGAACCUGUGGCCCUCCAGAUGUUGGUGGACAUCCCAUCAUUAUUGACUAUUGGCUGUGCUGACUAGGACUGAUGGGAAGUUAAGCCCAGGAACAUCUGGAGGACCAAAAGUUCCCCAUCCCUGCCUUACAACCUGACUUCUCUCUCCUCUCCUCUGCAAUGGACUUCACUAAGGUCAAAGAUGAUAUCCUUGCUGCUUGCCUGAUUCAAAGGUGAAUACUGUGCUCCCAUCCUCCCUGAUCUCUCUAACUGCCUUAGACCCAGUUUUUCACCACGUUUCUUGCUUGGCUCCUUCUGUAUCCUACCUUCUUCGACUCUGCUCUUAGUCAGUGGAAGAUUUCUCGCUUCUCAUUGAAAGGGAUUAUCAGAUAGUUAAUGAAUUUGACUCAGCAAGAUGCAAUUGUUGUGGGAAAACCAGAUGGAAAGUGACAGUAGAGAAUAGAAGUGGAAGUCCUGCUAGUGCAAGGAUUAGUACUAGCACAAUGGGAUUUCCCCUCUUCCUCCCUUCACAUGCCCUGAGCCAUCCCAUAGACCAGGGUUUCUCAAGCUUGGCUCUCCAUCUGUGUUUGGACUCUCAUCAUCCCUAGCUAGCAGGACCCGUAGUCAGGGGUGAUGGGAAUUGUAGUCCAAAAACAUAUGGAGACCCAAGUUUAGGAAACCCUGCCAUAGACCAUGCAGUGUGACCUGCUAUCCUCCUGCCUCAGGUUCUUGUGCAUUAUCAAACCAUCUUUAGGCAAGUUGGUGUCAUCUUUAGUAGGGUAAAGUGGCUGACUAGGGAGUGGCUGAUAACUAUGUGCAUCAGCCUCUCCCUUCAUUUCUUAAAUCAGCAAUGCAGAUGUCAAAGGAAUGUAGAAAGUAAAGGGAGUGGAUUGCAGUAUAUUCAGGUGGAGAAGAGCAGGUGGAUAUUGAGUGUGCAAUUUGAAGCCAAGGGGGAAGGUGUGGAAUGGGAAGGUGGUAGCCCUUGAAAGCACUGGGAGAAGAAUAGACCGUUCAGACUGGCAGAACUGGAAGGGGAAGGAGAAGACCUGUUUUGUCAGUGAGGAUUUUCGAGGACAAAGCAGGAAAGGGGGCUUGGAUGGUGAGGGGUUUAGGGGAAAGGCAGAAUCAUUGACUGAUCAGCAGCGAUUUUGGGAGGCCACAUGUUGAAAGGGGAUAGUGAUGGGUAUUUGCAGGAAGUAACAACUGUCGCUCCUACUGCUUCCAGUCUAACAAGCCAAUUUUUGUUGCAAAACUCUGGGCAAAAUAUAUGUUACAAUGAUGCUAUGCUGUCCAAAGACACGUGGUCUCUGGACAUUUGUAAAAUACAAAAAAUAAUAAUAGAGCAAUAAGAAGCACCCAUGAACUUAGCACAACAACAUGGCCAUUAAGUACCGGGAUCUGUGUCCCUGGGAAGUUUGCCUCUGCAGCCGCUUUGUGUGUGAUAGCCCUGAAGUAAAAGGAUUCUGGUGCAAAGUACAGCCUGAUGUUCUUUCUCCUGUUUUUCCUCUCCACCUGAAGGAGCUGAAAGAAUCUGCGACAGAGCUUCUUUUUGCUGGGCAUGAGACAACUGCCAGUGCUGCAACGUCCUUGAUUACUUUCCUAGGCCUUCACCAAGAUGUGCUGCAGAAAGUGAGGAAGGAAUUGCAAGAGAAGGUGGGUGUUGUCUAAGUGUUUGGAAGUCAGGCUGCACCGUGCAUGAAACAGGCUUCUGUGAUCCUGUAGACAGUCUUGGAAAUGGAGCUGGGAGACUUGGUUUGGAAACCCUGCUGGCACAGAUUACAAAUGAGUCUGGUCAUAUUAACAAAGCUAUCAAUAAAUAGGUGGAAUGAUGCUCAGGUAUGAUGCUAAAGGGGUUGCAUUUGGUGCUGUGGUCUAAACCACUGAGCCUCUUGGGCUUGCUCAUCGGAAGGUUGGCGGUUCAAAUCCCUGCAACAGGGUGAGCUCCCAUUGUUCAGUCCCAGCUCCUGCCAACCUAGCAGUUCAAAAGAACAUCAAAGUGCAAGUAGAUAAAUAGGUACCGCUGCGGCGGGAAGGUAAAGGGCGUUUCUGUGCGCUGCUCUGGUUUCGCCAGAAACGGCUUAGUCAUGCUGGCCACAUCACCCGGAAAAACUCUGCGGACAAACAUUGGCUCCCUUGGCCUGAAAGUGAGAUGAGCGCUGCAACCCCAGAGUUGUUUGCAACUGGACUUAACUGUCAGUGGUCCUUUACCUUUACCUUUUUAAGGUGAUUUUUCCUUUGUGCAACAGAAUGACCUCCCCCAGCUCACCCCUUAAAUCUUGUUCUGGGGUUCUCCCCAAUCUUCUGGAGCAGAUUUGGGUAUGGUAAUGCAACUAUUUAGCUGACUGCUGCCCAAGGUCUGUACUGAAUAUGCCAAACUUCUGCCGGUCUCUUUGUAUAUAUCUUACUCACUAGAGUGUAUAUAAAAUAUUUUCCUUUGUAGAAGUAGUGAUAUAAAGAGAUAAAGAUUAGCUUUACUAAUUAAAAUAUUACAUUUUUUUAAAUAUGAAAAAGAUAUCCUCCGUUUAAAUGGGCAGUGUCUUUUUCUAGAUGGUUAAUGUUUCAAAUAUAAGAAAAUAUCACUGGCAGAUGAAACGUUUCCUGUUCUUUUAAAAGGGAAUUGUUGCCAAGAACCAGGGGCACUGUGUCCCGUUUCACCGCUAGAGGUGAAACAGGAAAUGCCACCUUGCCCUGGCACUGCCGCCACUGCUGCAGAUGGUGCCCAUUCUUCAUUCAUCCUGCUACCUCCAUCAGUGAUGGAGAAGCAGUACUGGCAUCUGCGCCAAUUUCAGGCAAGGUCUCACCCAAACCAUGAGAUUUCUCCAUAAGAUCUCCAUGAUACCGGCACUGCUUCUGGAGGAAGUGGGGCAGGUAAGCCACCUGCGGGGUUCCUGCCUUGAGGGCGUUGCUGCCUGAGGUUGUCUAAUGGCAGGGCCAACUCUGCCAGGAACAAAUAUAAUAGUCUCUUAUAGUUACAUAAGUUUUGUUAACACGCCUCUAUCCAUAUUUAAUUGAGUCAAUCUCAUUUUAUUGUGACUGUCAUUAAUCAACAGAUGUCUGUGCCAUGCAUGUGGUAAACUUUACAGGUGUGUAUUUCAAACCGAGCAAGGGUCUCCCAGGCUCUUGGGAAGUACAUCACUUGAGUGGCAUGUAGAUUAUGCCAGGAAAUAUGUGGGCAGAAAUCUUUACUAAAUAUACAAAGUAAACAAAACAACCAUUCAGGAAGUGGCAACAAAAGUAUGUGUAAAGUAGGCAGGGGUGGAGGAAAGAAGUCAGAAUGGAGCUAAAAUCUUUGCUUUCACUUUCAGGUGCAAAAGGAAGUGGCGGGAAAUGUCAUUUUUAACAUACCGUUUUAAACAAUCUGUCCCUCUCUACAGGGAACUCUGGGAAUGGUAGUUCUGUGAGGGGAAUUAAGGGGUCUCCUUGCAACUCUCAGCACCCAUAACAAACUACAGCUCCCAUAAUAUUUUGUGGGAAACCAUGGCUGUUUAAUGCGGCAUGGAUACUGCUUUUUUAAUGUAUGGCGUGAAUGUGACCUAAGCCUGGAAGUUCUGGCUUUGGGAUCUUGCUUUGGGACCUAUUGCAUUAAUGCAGAUGUUCCUGUAGGGUGUGGGUGCUGGAUCGCUAAGCCUUCUCUCUACACUGGUACUCAAGACACAUCCUUUGUUUUCAGGGAUUGUUGGGCCACAUGAGCCAAGAGAAGCAUUUGGAAAUGGAACUCUUGGAGCAACUGAAGUACACUGGCUGUGUCAUCAAGGAGACUCUCCGUUUGAGUCCACCAGUUCCUGGAGGAUUCAGAGUGGCUCUCAAGACUUUUGAGCUAAAUGUAAGCAGGCAAAGCCCAUUUUCAUUAAGUCUCCAUAACAUCUCAGUUCUGCUGAUUUUCCAUGGAGAUCCUUUUUUAGUGCUUAGCAUCGCAACAAAAUAUUUCAGCAAUAACUGGACUGCUCAUACCAUAAUAAUAAAAAGUACAUUUAGAAUUUUUAUAAGAAGCAAACUUCCAACAGUUUCUGCAUGGCUGCAAUGCCUUGGGAUAAGCUUCAUCUGUCCCUCUCUGAAGCAGUUUUGAUUCUAUGAUUGGGGAGACAGAAAAUGGUCCUUUUUGGAUUAUGAUGUGGAUCUAAGUUACACAGAUGUAGUUUCUGUGGAGUCACAGUGUGGGGGGAAGUGGCACCUAUUGAAAUUGUUCUGUUCCAGAGUGCUUAAGCCUGUUCCUUUUGGUAUUGGAAUAAGUCAGACAUAACUAGCUCUUUUCGUGACAUUUGUCAUGCCAGAAAAGUAAGUUCUUGAAGCUGUUCUUAUGCCUUGGUAUGAGGAACUUAGCCAAUGCUUGCCUUUCAGUCUGAGCACCAUGUGCUCUUGCAAACGUGCAAGAGAGAAUUCUGGGAGUUGUAGCUUCUCCAAUGUGAUGCUAGGAAAAAAGUCUACCUGCUGAAAAUAUCUGCUAUGCAGCUUUACAAAAGGUGCAGGAAUACCUGUAUGGAACUAGCAGCCCUCUUUCCCCCUUUGAUAAUAGUAAAGGUGUUGCCAUCCUAAGGCAUUAUGAAUUAGGGAGCUAUGUUUCACAGAGAUUAGCUGUAGCUCUAGAGAAAGUGUGGCAGCCCAAGACAUUUUGUUACUUGAGGCAAAGGACAAAAUAGUGCUCUGUUUCAUGUACCAAGGUAUACCAGCACUGACUUUAGUUCUGAGAGAGUCCUCGACCGCAGCAGACGAGCUAUGGGGGUGCAGGCCAGGCCAUGUGAUUCUCAAAGCCCUGUCUGCUCUUCACCCACAUCUGCUGCCUUAAGCAGUCAUUCCACUCUGCCUAAUGGUAGGACCAGCUGUUCCCCGUUUUAUACGCAUGGUAGCCUCUGAACUUUCUUGGUACUGGUCACCUGUGCCAGGUGUAGGGCAGCUUUGGCCCUCCAGGUGUUACUGAACUCAACCCCCCCAUCACUCCUGGCCAUUGGCCAUGCUUGCAGAGGCUGGUGAGAGUUGUAGUUUAGCAACGUCUGAAGGUCCAAAGCCUAAGAGGUCCUAUGUGCCUAGGAAGUGGUGCAUGGAAUUCAUUCUGUCUUCACUGAGUGGAUGAUCAGCUUUGAACAGUGAAAUAAACAUAUUUUCCAUGUGUAGAUUACCCUUAGUGAGUAAGGGGAUGGCUUGGGUCAUCUUGCUGGAGCUGUUAGACAAAUCAGAAAGGUGCACUGUUAAAUCAAUCCUUAGUCUUAUAGAAGAAGAUGGCCUGUAAAUCUAUGUGGUGAGUAGAACCCAGACCAUGCCUUGGAAUCCAUUUCCCCAGUGCCAUUGUGAUGAGGUGCAUCAUCUUUCAAAAGACAUUAAUCUCUCAUAAACGGCUCCAUACAUGUGACCCAUUGUCUCUGUUUUGUGUCCUCAUUCCAUCUCUUGUUUCUUGUAGGGCUACCAGAUUCCUAAAGGUUGGAAUGUCAUUUACAGUAUCUGUGACACACAUGAUGUUGCGGAGCUUUUCACCAACAAAGAUGAAUUCAACCCCGACCGCUUCAUGUCUCCUUUCCCAGAAGACUCCUCACGAUUCAGCUUCAUCCCUUUUGGAGGGGGCUUGAGAAGCUGUGUAGGCAAAGAAUUUGCAAAGAUUCUUCUAAAAAUCUUUACUGUAGAGUUGGCCCGGAACUGUGACUGGCAACUUUUAAAUGGACCACCAACAAUGAAGACCGGCCCUACUGUGUACCCAGAGGACAAUCUGCCAACAAAAUUCACAAGUUUCAAUGGUCGGGUUUAAAUAAAUUCCAGGACAGUAUCACUGUGAUCUUAACUUAAGUUUUGGUGAAUUUAAAACAUGCACAAUGGCUUUUCAUAGUGUCCUAAAUUCAAUAUUAUAUAUUUAAAUUUAUAAUGUGUAAUAGUUAUUUAUAAGUGUGUUUUCUAAGAAUAUUUUUAAAGCUAUUUCAUGUAUUAAACUUUUUUUUUUUUUUUAGGCAAGCACUGUAAUUAUGAGUCCUUGGGAUUCAUAAAUGGAUAAUUUUAUUUCUAUAGAAAUAAAGUUUCCUUCUAUUUAAGAAUCGUACUCAAAGCUUGUUUACUAAUUAUGCUGAAACCAUUUAAGGACCUUUAUGUGUAUCCAGACACAUGGUCAAAAGUUAAAUGGAAUUAUAUGUAUACUGUGAACCAAAUUAUGUCAUAAAUAAAAAAAAAUUCUGCAGCUAG